AGGCCACCCAAACGGCUAUAAUUAGGCGGUUGCAAAAGAAACGCCCCCUCGCUUUUGCGCCGGGCCGCCGGCGACCCCGCGGAUCCCCGCUAAUCACCGCCCCGAGCCACCCCCUGCAACGGGCAAGCGGAAAAAACCUACGACCCCGAGGGCGAGAACCGGAAAAGCGCCAACCGCCGGAGCACCCCCGCCCCCGGCGAUCGCCAGGGACAUCCCGGCCACGCGGCCGCCACCUGGCGCCUAGUCCGAUCGGCGCGCCAUUGCAGCUGCUACCGCGUGGCUUGUUCUUGUGGGGGAUUUUCUUGUCCCCCCCCCCCCCCCCCGUUCCGGCUUCUUGGAUUUGUUCGCUCCGGCGGGGUUUCCUGGCCCGGGCGCUGCGAUGCCAGAGGCCGGCCACUACGGCUACAAGAAGACCGACGGCAUCUGCGACGGCGUGUGCGGCGAGCCUGCAUCAAAGGCAGUUCUGACCAUGUCAAGGCUAAAGUGUGCGCUUCGGGGAUUUGAUUUCAGGGCACUUUUGGUCCUCUUGAUUGGUGUGCCAAUUAUAAUCUUAAUGAUAUAUGCACAUGGUCAGAAGGUCACAUACUUCCUCCGGCCAAUCUGGGAAUCACCUCCCAAGCCCUUUAAGACUAUCCCUCACUACUACCACGAGAAUGUCACCAUGGAUAACCUCUGCAAGUUACAUGGGUGGAAAGUCCGGGAUACCCCACGCCGUGUCUUUGAUGCUGUACUCUUCAGCAACGAACUUGAUAUCCUUGAGAUCCGUUGGAAUGAACUUAGUCCCUACGUGUCUGAGUUUGUGCUGCUUGAAUCCAAUUCAACCUUCACUGGGUUGAAAAAGCCUCUCCACUUCAAGGAAAAUCGCCAUCGAUUUGGGUUUGCUGAAUCGAGGCUGACAUAUGGUAUGAUUGGUGGAAGGUUCGUGAAGGGAGAAAACCCAUUUGUUGAGGAGUCAUAUCAGAGGGUUGCCCUGGACCAGCUCAUUAAGAUAGCAAAAAUAGAAGACGAUGACCUGCUGAUUAUGUCCGAUGUUGAUGAAAUCCCAAGCGGUCACACAAUUGAUCUGUUGAGAUGGUGUGAUGAUAUUCCAGAGAUACUUCAUCUUCAGCUCAGGAAUUAUCUUUACUCAUUUGAAUUUUUCCUGGAUGACAAGAGUUGGAGGGCAUCAAUGCACAGAUACCGAGGUGGGAAGACAAGGUAUGCACACUUCAGGCAGACAGAUGAGCUUCUUGCUGAUUCGGGGUGGCAUUGCAGCUUUUGUUUCCGCUACAUAAGUGAUUUUGCCUUCAAAAUGCAAGCUUAUAGCCAUGUUGACCGGAUCAGAUUCAAGUACUUCCUAAACCCUGAAAGGAUUCAAGAUGUCAUCUGCAGAGGGUCGGAUCUUUUUGAUAUGCUUCCAGAAGAGUACACAUUCCAAGAAAUCAUUGCUAAGUUGGGGAAUAUCCCAAGUACAUAUUCUGCUGUUCAUCUUCCUAGUUAUCUGCUAAAGAAUGUUGACCGGUUUAGAUAUCUUCUACCGGGCAACUGCAGGAGAGAAAGUGGCUAGACUUUAUGGUUUACCCUGUAGUCUGCUGUGCAUGGGUGCCACUGCAAAGUUGUCCCCACCGAGAUCACCUGGCUGUGGCAAUUGCAUCAGAUAUGAUUGGCUAACUUAGUUGGACAAUUACUUGGGAAGUGGUUCAUGGAUGAGUUGAUGAUUUUGUGCUGUGUAAUGGAACAUGGGAGGAGGAUCUAACAGCAUAGCGCAUGCUUGGUCCUGGCCGGCGUACCUUCCAGAUGAGUGGAACAGCGUGUGCUUACAACCGGAUGUCAUUGUCAUUCAUUACUUCCCUGAUUGAUAUAUAAACUUAAAGCUGUUGUAGAUUGCAAAAUCAAGUGAGAUUACAUAUUUACAUGUUGUAGAACCGGCCUUACUCUGCAGAUAAUUUACAUGUGCUUUCCUUCCUAUUUUCA